CAUCAUCGUUACGGCGGUGCGGACGGACUAUAUUAUUGCUAUCGCCAAAUCAUAGACGCCGUGAACCCCCGGGAUAUAGAGUCAUCUUGUUUCAAACCUCUCUUUCUUGUAUAACUCUUACUAUACCACUCAGACAUUCUACACUCCACCACUCCCGCAGGAGCGAAUAUGGCAUCCCCAGAGCCCCAACGCCAACAAUUCUCAGGAGCCGGCCUCACCAUCUCGCCGCGCCCAAGACAAGGCCCAAUGCUUUCCCCUCAUGGGCAGCCUCGAAAUCCGGUGCCCCGAUCUCCCAGCUCCACCAGUGAUGGGAUAAGCAUCAGCUCACCCAGAUUCGACAGCUCAUCUCAACCGCCUUCUGCCGUUACAUCUCCUACGUUCGUGGCGGAAAUGCCACUAAUUCCACCUCAGCCGCACUCGCCGGCGAAAACGCGAUCCAGAUCCCGGCAUGGGAAGCGGUCCGGGUCGUCUCCCCCAGCUGGCCGCAUUUCCCCAACACGCUCGACCUCUGACGAAGCGCGAUCCCCUGGCUCCGUGUCGUUUGGUCAGAGAAUGAGGGCAGUAUGUGGCUGCUUCGGAACGUCUUCGUCGUCGUCGCCGCGAAAGCCGAGAGAGAAGAUGGAAGUUGAGAAAAUCGAACCAGUCCACUGGACGGAGCAAUGAGCCGUCUAUGUUCCUCAGAAGGAAGUCCAUGCCGAAUGGUUCUUUGUUACAUUGGGGACUGGAUUCUGGAGGUACUCGUUCUCGCAUUUCAGCGUUGUUUUGACCGUGAAGGCCCCCAGCUGGUCUCAUAUAUUAUUGGAGGUUUGUUGACUUUGCGCGGCGUUUUGGAUAUCGCAGAACACGGAGACAGAUGCUGGUCGCUCUUUUGUUGCUAUAUUCUCUCUUUCUGCUACCCUGCCAUUAAAGCAUUCAACCAGCCCUCAAGGCCAUCUCAUCGAUGCGUCCAGGUGGGCCUCAACUGGCUGGACGCUUACACGAUAACUCUCUCAACUUCCUCGUGAUUCCGCCUG